ACAGUUUCCGAUUAGUAUUUUUCGCGCGCUUUUCGCGGCCAGUACCUUGUUAAAUUUAAAUCAAAAUUUUUACUUCCUAUUCUUUUGUAACUUUUAUUGAUUAUUUUAUUAUAACAAAUUAUAAUAAUUUAGUAGACAUCACAGUGUUACGAAUGGUUUCCUCAAGAUGUUCCUUUGUGCCUCUGUAGUUUUUGUUUUGAUUGGAACAGUUGCAGCUCGCGAGCCGGACAUAGAUAUCAAUAGAAUACGGUUAUUACGGGAGGAAACGGCUACGAGUUUGAAUAGUUCGCACGAGAGGCGUUCUAUAUCUGAAGCGUAUCAAUUCAGAACAAAUGAUUAUGACGAUCAUAGCAGCGGGCACUUCGGGCCACCACCGUCACUACGGCUACAUAUACCGAAGUUCCAACCAAAAACUACGAAGGCACCAAUCAAAGUGCAUCAGCCACGCGAAGACCCGCGCGUCUUCUACCAGUCUGCUUCUUAUAUUAAAGAAGUUAAUGGGCAGGACAUGAAUAACGAAAUAACUUACAUUUACCCUGGACGAGAAGUAAUAAGAGCUAACGAAGUCAGUCCAAGAUCUAUGCCUAUUCGACAGCAUAAUAUAAAGAAUGACGGUCACAAUCUCUGCAUUAGAUGUCCUCACGAUAGGACUUUAGUAGCUAGAGCUGGCUCCAAUAGAGUUUUACUCCAGAAUCCUCGCUUAUUCAGCUGUUCUGGUCAUAAAGCGUCGAGAAAUGUGCGAUAUGUUCAUAUGUACGGACCGAAAUUCGGCUCUCUUGUGGAACAGGGUUCUCAUAUGAUUGUAGGUAGAAUCAUGUAUAAAAACAAAAACAUCCAGUUGUGUAAAAUGCAAGUCCAUGUAGUUGUACAGGGUUGCGUUACACCGAAGUAUUUGACAGAGCACUGCAAAGACCGCAACUGUAACUUCACAUGCCGUGAUCCGAAGUUAGAGUUGUAUGGACAAUCGUCUCUGGCUUGUGGACCUGAUAUGAAGUGGACUGGAGAACUUCCUAUUUGCCGAGUUCGUACCUGGUGCAAGCCGCCGCCGCCUCCAGAGCAUGGCAGAUUAAGCUGUAAAGGGGCGAUGGCAGACUCCGGCGCAGGUCUGGUGGAGGGGGCGAAGUGCCGUGUGCGCUGCGCAGCCGGCUGGCGUUGGCACCCUCGCUCUGUAGCCGUGUGCCGCCGCGGCGCGUGGACCACUGCGCUGACUUGCCAGAAAACUAAUAAAUCUCGAUUAUAGUAUAGUAGAGAUAAUUAUUAAUUAUACUAUCUAAGAAAAGAGUGGCUAAUUCACAACGCGGUUCCAGGUACAUAACCUCAUGUAGGAUCGUUUUGUGUGGCACAGGCAUCCGAUAAGCGUUGAAGGUGGAACAUCUACCUUUUCAGGCUACUGGUAGGUAAGUACGGGAGCAACGUCUCACUGUCCUACACUGAAAUACUUAAAUAUUUUUCAAACCUUUGAGAGUGACUACAGAUACACGUACCUUGAUAUAAAUAAAAAAGACUUUAAUAAAUAUUAGAAUACUGUUUUAAGUAGGUACUUAGUAAGUACCUAUUUAAUACAAAGUUAUAUAAGUACUUAGUCUUUUGUUUUCUAAACAAUAACCAAAGUUUGCUAUUUUUUUUCAGUGUAGGUACCUACCUACAUGCAGGACUGAGAAUUUGCUAGAAAUAAAUAUAUAGUGAAUUUGUUUAUUGUUAUACCUAUAUACCUAAGUAAAAUUGAAUCUUUAAUUUUAUACUUACUUUGGAACAUCAAAUGCUAUGUUUAACAAAAGCUAUUAAAAUAGUAGAUAGAUAAUGGAUAGAAUAACUGAAUACUUAUAAGUAUAUGUAUACUAAACUAAUAAAAUUGGUAUUUAUUUGUUAUUACCUACGUUAUCUA